CGAAAAGCACGUGGUUUGCCGCCGGCUGCUGCGCCGCGGUUGAUUCACGUUUUUCCACGCAAGUCCAGUUGUAAGAUGGCGGCGCGGUGGGGAACAGGCGAGGAGAUGUUAAAAGCCUGUAAUACUCAAAUGUUCUCACCGGUGGAUCUUGACGAGGUGGAGAUGCUUCAGGAAAGCUUCAAUGCCGGCUGUCUGGAGUAUCCUGGACUUAGCAAUGGAGAUGCUCUGGAGGCUUUACAAGGCUGCCUGGAUCCUUCUAUUUUGUCCAUUUUUGAGGACAGCCCCACUGGAGGAGUUAAGAGUAAUAUUGAUGAGGAAAGUGAAGCGACGCUGCUCACAGCUCUCACUGAAAUACUUGACAAUGUUGAUGAUGAAAACUUGUCCCCUUUUGACACUCUGCCUGAUUCAGAGCUGUUCUCGGGGCAGAAGGGUCAGGAACACUCACCGCUGAGAAAGUUCAUCACACGGUCUCCUCCAGAGUCACUGAUUCACACAAGACAGUUUCCUGGGAAGAGUCUCCCACGAAUGCAGAGAGCAUCCCAGCAGAACAGUGAAGGAGAAGAGGAGGAGGAUGGAGACGCUACUUUUUCAGCCCCCGUAGCUAAUAUUGAUUUGUCAUCACUGGAUGAAUUUGAAUGGUGCCUUCCUGUGUCCUUAGAGCAGGAUGGAGAGAGUAUGCCGGUUACUCUCAGCGAUUUAGUAAAACACAUGCACCCUUACUGCAUGACAUUAUGUGUGGAAGGAGAAGAGGGACUAGAGCAUCUUCUGCCUGAGAGGGGCCUUGUGCUAGAAGUGGUUGAUCAAGGAGAGCAUGGAGAGCCCAUCCUGGCCAUCCCAGAUCUCAGCAUCCCUCUUUCUCACACAGACUCCGCAGAAGGUGAACAAAGAGUACCGGAGAAUAGCAUAGACAAGCCAGAACCAAAGCCUGAAGAUAGUGCAGAAAAAGUCCCAACUCCAUCUGAAGUAUCUUUCGUGGAGGAGGAGAAAGAGGGUGUCAAGGUACGUAAAGGGAAAAAGAAACACAAACUACCUGAAGCCCCUCUGGUUGAACAGAGAGUUUUGAGAAGCUCAAGAGUAAAAGAGAAGCAACAGAAGAAAUGCCAGGAAGAACAAAAAAAGAAAAAGGUGACUUUCUCACCUGUGCUCUCAUCGGCAGAGCUCGAAAAAACUAAACUUGAUCGUCCAACAGACUUGAUGACCCUUAAACCACAGUUUGAGAAGGAGCAUAUCACAACCCCUCAAGCUGAUGCAGAAGUCACUGCCUCGCAGCCAGAGGACAAACCUCUUGAAAAGUCUGUGGAGCAAGAACCACCCUCAAAACUAGAGCCUGUUAGCGAACAGCCUGCUGCUUGUCAGCGUAAUGAAACUAAGCCCAAACCUCUCAGUUUACAGCAGUAUCGUCUCCUCCGCCAGCAAAAGAAACCAGAUCCGGUGGACAAAUCGGAGGAUUACAGCACUAAAUGGCCCAAGUUGCCUGAACCACCCAAGGAGCUUCCCCCAAUACCCUGCCUGCCAGACCCCAACCCCAGAGAUCCACGUAAAACCAUGCAUACUCCUGUUAAAAAAGACCUUGCACCUGAAAUCAUGCCGGCAUGGCACCCGAGAGGCCCCGCUGCUCCCCCAACACCUGAAGCCUUGCUCACCCCGCCGGCUUCACUGAUGGCUUCCUCUAAGAAACCUGCGACUUCUAAACCAACCCCUCAACCUUCUGAUACAUCUAAAAGUUCACCCCAAUCAGUCCACCCCUCACCCCAGAAACAACCUGCUCCCAUCGGCAUGCCACAAAACACUAUUCAUACUGAGACCUCUGCCCCCAUCAGACAUGUGGCUGAGGUGCCUCCUGAAAGGACUGUUUCACUUCCAGUGUCUACUACAUCUGGAGGCUCUCAAGGUCUCGAUGCACAGAGUCAUAAGGAAUAUUUACAUGGGAACCCCAAUGCUGCUCCAUCCAAAGCUCCCUCAAGGCCUCAAAUGAUCACUACACAAGUUCAAAACACAAACUCCAGCCCUCAUAAACCCAGUGCUGCUGUGCCUGCAAAGAGAGAGUCCGAGCAGGUUGUUUUGGCCCCUGUGUCUGAUCAAGCCAAAAACACCCUGCCAACUAAUUCUAAAAAGCAGACCUCACGGUCACAGCCUCAUAUUGCACCAAUAGCCGCUCAGCCGUUUUUCUCGGCUCAAGUUCAGGCCAGAGUUGUUGAACUGGCAGAGCAGAUGAGGAUGGCUUCCUCUGAGAUCCCCAAACCAAAGAACACCACAGUUGAGCUGAUUGAGUCCUUCACAAGUGAAAUUGGUGAGCAUUUUUCACAUGUUGUUAGGUAAUAAUUUCUGUGGAUUGGUUUAUAACAAACUUUUUUUUUUGGUAUUGAAGCUGCUGAUCUUACAAGCCUCCUGGAGCAGUUUGAGGAGUCUCAGUCCAAAGAAGAGCAGAGUGUACCGGAGGUCUGUGGUAGAGCAGCUGCUGUAGGAAACUCCAGUUAUGAGCAGCAGGUGGAGACUAAGGCCGUGGAGAAAACCCGCAACCAUGACCUGGCAAGCACUGCAGGUCUUACACCUCCUGCCACACCCCCACACCAGAUGUGGAAGCCUAUUGCGCCAGUUUCACUUCUGGGGAAAACCAAGAAGUCAGAGGUCCUUAAACCAACUCCUAACAAGGCCAUUCAGAUAGAGGCGAGACCGCUACCUUCAAAUAAGCUGCACAGCAAGCCUCAGACCCCUGAUGGACUGAUUGAGAGAUUUAUCCUUUGUCCAUUGCUACUGCCUCCACGACUACUGCCUAAAGAAAAAUGUAAAAUUUAAGUUUGAAGUUGGUGGUAUGUCAAACUACAGCCUAGAGUUUUGAUUUAUAAUGUUGAGCUGCCGCCCAACAAGCCAACCCAGAACAGCAAAGCUACAUCAACUACUUCAGUUACAGAAGGAGCCCAGAGAAAUCUCAGUCAACAUUCUGCAGAUAGGAGCUGUACAUUAAAUAGCUCUGCCUUGGUGACUCCGGAUGCCUCUCCAAACAGGCCUGACUCUGAAAGCUCUUUACUGGAUGAAGCUAAAUGCAACCACUCUGAGCAUUCCUUCAGGCAGCACCAGCAGGACAGAGGCCGCUCGAAACGAAGAUACAGAGCCCAAUCCUCUAGUAGCUUAGAAUCCAGCUCCGAGUCUUCCUCCAGAUCACGUUCACCACCUAGGAAAAGAUACAGGUCUCGUCACUCAAGCAGCAGAUCCAGUUCAUCAUCUCGGUCUCGUUCACGAUCCAGCUCCAGGUCAUUUUCCCCGCCCCGCCGGCGACAGUAUUCAUAUUCAAGUUCACGCUCUGGAUCCUGGAGCCGCAGCCGCUCUCGAUCCAGAUCCCGCUCCUCUGAUUCUCUUGGACAUCGGCGUUGGAAAAGUCAUAGAAGCCCUAAUCAGAGGACUGCUUACCGGCAUUCACAAAAUUGCAACGAGGAUACAAAAAGACACAAGGAGAGAGCCAUUGAGGAGCGGAGAGUUGUUUAUGUCGGACGAAUUCGUGGAAGCAUGACUCGUAAAGAGCUGAAGGAACGCUUCUCAUUAUUCGGAGAGAUUGAGGAGUGCACUGUGCACUUUAGAGAAAAUGGGGACAACUACGGCUUUGUUACAUACUACAAUAAGAAGGAUGCGUUUGAUGCCAUUGAGAGUGGAAGCAAGCUGAGGGAGCAGAAUGAGCUUCCAUUUGACCUGUGCUUUGGAGGCAGGAGGCAGUUCUGCAAGACCAGUUAUGCUGAUCUUGAUUCAAACCGGGAGUACAAUCCACAGCCUACAAAAGGCAAAUUUGAUGCAAUAGACUUCGACACUUUACUCAAGCAGGCUCAGAGGAACCUGAAAAGGUAACGAUUAAUCAAGCCACAGGAAAGAAGACCGAUUACCUCUGAGCAACAUGCUGCCCCACACUUCCAGUGUUGCCUAUCAAUUACUGUUUUUGGUUGUUUUUGUUUGUUUUUCUCUUUGUCUUUUUGUUUGUUUCUGCAAGUUUACACCUUCUAUUGAAGUGAUGAUUUGUAAGAAAAAUCGAAGUGCUUAAAAAAAAAAAAAAAAGAUAAUGAAAUAUAAUAAAAUUGUGGAAUGAAAUAAUAGAAUUUUUUAAAAGGAUUAAAUUUAUUUAAAUGUUUAAUCUGAAUUGCUGAAUGUUGGAUACAUUUUAAAAUGAAUUGAAUGCAAACAUUAUGUUGGGGUAAACAGGUUUAUAAUGCUGAAUUUUUCAACCUUAAUAAACCUUGUGGUGUUGUGUCUCUUUUGAGAGUAAAA